CUGCCAGAGCCUGGCGCCCACAGACCCACCCAGACCUUUGGCUGAGCCUGCUGCCCAGAGCCCCAUGAAGCUGAUCGCCCUGCAGCUGAUACUGUGGUAUGAGGCGCUCUGGCUGGUUCAAGCAGCCGCCCCCCUGGGCCCUACCAGCUCCCUGCCCCAGAGCUUCCUGCUCAAGUGCUUAGAGCAGAUGAGGAAGGUGCAGGCUGACAGUACCAUGCUGCAAGAGAGGCUGUGCGCCACCCACAAGCUGUGCCACCCCGAGGAGCUGGUGCUUCUCGGACACGCUUUGGGCAUCCCCCAGCCUUCCCUGAGUGGCUGCUCCAGCCAGGCCCUGCAGCUGAAGGGUUGCCUGCGUCAACUCCACAGCGGCCUCGUCCUCUACCAGGGCCUCCUGCAGGCUCUGACAGGGCUACCCCCUGAGCUCACCCCUGCCUUGGAAACACUGCAGCUGGACAUCGGCGACUUCGCCAUCAACCUCUGGCGGGAGAUGGAAGAGCUGGGGGUGGCCCCGGCAGUGCCACCCACCCAGGGCGCCAUGCCAGCCUUCACCUCGGCCUUCCAGCGCCGGGCCGGAGGGGUCCUGGUGGCCUCCAACCUGCAGAGCUUCCUGGAGCUGGCCUACCGUGCUCUGCGCUCCUUUGCCAAACCCUGAGCAAAACCCUCCCCAACCAGUGUAUUUAUCUUUAUUUAAUAUUUAUGCUAAUUUAAAUCUACUAUUUAAAGACAAGAAAAAGCAGGAAGGAGCCCCAGACUCUUGGGUCCUUCCUGCCAUCUCUGAGUUCCAUUCUCCUGCUUGUAGCAGGGAGAAAAGCCCCUGUCUUCCUGUCCCCUGGACUGGGAGGUAGCUAGGUAAAUACCACGUAUUGACUCCUGUGACUGCUCCCCGGCCUGGCUCUGUGGUGGGCACUGGGAAGAACCCCAGUGAACUCCUUACCCCAAGGGUACCCACCUUAAGACCCCCGGGAGCAUCAGGAAGUCUCCCAUGUGGGAGACAAGAAAACCCUGUUUAAUAUUUAAACAGCAGUGUUCCCCUCCUGGGUUCCCCCUCGCUCUGGCCUUACCAGCUCGGCUUGCACAUGCCCGGUGGGCUAGGUCUUGCUUCUCCUCCUGUCUGUCCCCUUCCCCACGGGCAUUAGGCCUCGCAGGAGGUGGCCAGAGCGGGUUGGUUUGACCCUGGGGUCCCACGAAUUUGCUGGGGAAUCUAGUUUUUAAGAUGUUUUUGGUAAUAUUUUGACUUCCUGUAUGGGGAACCUGGGCAUUGUUGCCGUUCCUCAGCUUUCUGGAUGCCCUAGAGCGACAAUGACAGGCUCCUGACACCUGCCCCACCUCACCAGGAUCAGGAUUCUGACCC